GAUUUGAAUACACAGGGGAGUUAAGAUGACUUGUUUUAUUGUAGAGCAGUUGUGCUCAGCUCAAGACAAGAAUCCUUGCUUUUCCCAGGCUCAUGCGUAGAACAACUGCUCAAAAAACUACUGAASUGUAAAAGAAACUAGUCAAUGUCAGCCUCGCUCCAUGUCCUCUUAGAGCAGUGCUUAAACAGUUAUAAAGCUASYCUUUUCAUGGGUUUAGACUUUAUUUGACUCGAAAUGAGUGAAGUUUUACAGCCAGAAGACACUUUAAAGGAGCGAGCAACAGAACUUUUUAGCCUUUGCGAUCAGAAUAGGAAUGGAUUUAUAACACAAGGUGAUCUCGUWCAAGUCAUUACACAACUCGGUUUACCAUUGGAACAAAAACAAGUUGAACAAGCGUUUACCAAACUCGACAACGAUCACAACGGCUAUUURACYCUUGAUGAGUUUAUUGAGGGUUUUGGACUUUUCCUUGGAAUAGAUGUAAAUGAUUUAAAUGAGAAUGAUAAUGAAUUGGAAGAAAUUGCCAACACUGACCCUGGUAGGGAACUGUUUUACUUGUGUGACACUGAUCGCAAAGGAUACAUUACUAAGACUGAUCUUCAACGAGUUUCUUACGAUUUGAAUUUAAAUUUUGACCAGCUGGAUUUAAUAUUCGAUAAGCUUGAUCAGGAUGGAAAUGGUCGUUUGACUUUGGACGAGUUUGCGGAAGGUUUUGGGGCAUUUUUACGCGGAGGUGACGAACCUGAGGACUCACAUAUUGUACAGGAUGCYGGUGGAAUCGAAGUUGAAGCUUUUGAUCAGCCUCGUGAUGUUUUCGAAAGUGCUUCUGCUGAGGAUACAAGUUCAAUUUCGAAGGAAGAUGCAGUAUUCAGGGAGGUCGUUGAAAGUAUUGGGGAGGACGUCUUGUCAGGGGCGCUCACAAAAGAUCAGCUUCGAGAACUUUGGAUUUCUCUCCAGAACAAUGAUUCGAGGGCAAUCAAUAAGUUCGAGGACUUUUUAGCGAAAGUUUCCACCGAAAUCAAGCGAGCAAGGAAUGACUCCAUACAACUUGAGAAUGCAUUAAAAAGUAAAAUGAAYUCCCAUGACCGAGAAGUCCAAAAACUUUACGAGGAAAUGGAGCAACAGAUCAAAGCUGUCAGAGACCGCUACGAAACGGAGCAAGAAAAACGAGAAAGAGCGAUUAAAGGAGAGUUGAUGAGUGAAUUAGAACGAAAAGAAAUGGAAAUACAAUGGAUGCUCAAUAAACAGAAAAAGCUCGAGGAAACGAUUGCUGACAACGAGAAACGACAACAAGAGAUCAAGGUCGAAAAUGAAUUGCUCUUACAGAAAAAUAUAAGCUUAGAAGACCAGCUCACUGACUCAGUAAUAUCAUUAGAGGACACCAGAAAUUAUGUACAACACUUACAGACGAUUACAGCAGAGGAGAAGGAAGAAAGAGCAAGACACGCUCUCAAAAUGACGCAAGGAAUGCAGCUUGAACAGGAAAGUCUCAUCCAGCAACUUGACUUACUCAGGGACGUGAAUCAGAAAUUGCGCGACGACAGGGACUCCAUUGAAGCUGCUCACAAAGCGAUGUUAAUGACAAAACGCGAGCGUGGACACAGUCUUAGCGAUGAACUAGAGGAAGCCGAGAAACACAAAAAAGUUAAUCGACAAGGCUCCAAAAUGUCCAAAUACUUUGACCGCAGUUCAAGAAAUCAAUCAUCAGUGGACUGGGGCAAGCAAGGCGCGAUUGAAUCUAUUGAUGAAAAUGUUAACAGAGGAUGAGAAACGAAAAAAAGAAGARCRAGAAAUCGARGACUUUCGACAAAGAAAAGCAGAACUUCUCGCCUCAGUGGAAGAACGAAGUUCAGAAGAUGAACACGGCAACUCGUCAGACGCAGUGUUCUCAUCGGAAGAAUACAGCGGCAGUGAUUAUGGAGGAAGGCCAAGGUCACCGAGGACUGCGCCRAUUGGAAAAGACGAUGAAGCCUUGCAAGCUGAGGCUGCCUCCACGACUUCCUUGGAACCGGCUAAGCCAGCCACACCGGUGCGCGUGUUCAAGGUUGUUAUCGUAGGUGAUUCAGGUGUCGGCAAGUCAAGUUUUUUACAUCGAUUUUGUCACGACCARUGGAAGCCAUCUUUUACUGCAACUAUCGGUGUGGAUUUCCAAAUCAAGACAAUGGUGGUAGACGAUAGRUGUAUAGCCAUACAGUUGUGGGACACAGCCGGCCAGGAAAGAUUUCGCAGCAUCACCAAGCAGUAUUUUCGCAAGGCCGAUGGGAUAUUGAUAUUCUAUGACGUCACAGCCGAAUCAUCGUACAUCAAUCUAAAGAGCUGGAUGACUAGUGUAGAGGAAGAGGCCGAGGAGAAGGCAGCGCUGAUGGUGAUUGGCAACAAGCUGGAUUUAUCCGAAGACAGCUCAACUAGAGUCGUAUCAAGAUUAGAAGCUGAAAGCCUUGCAAAAGUCCACAACGCUCUUUAUAUGGAAACCAGCGCAAAGACAGGAUACAACAUCAAUGAAGCAAUGGUCAAACUAGCGGAGGUGCUGCAAGAACGCGAGGAUGAAAUGAUGAACAGUGUCCUAAAUCUAGUUAAUUUAACACCAGUUAAAAAGAAAAGAUGCUGUAAGUCCAGCUAGUUGGGAACCCUGUGUAAUCCAUUCAAAUACACAUGAUGGAUUCCCUGUGGUAGCUGUGACCGGGGUUUCGCAAAUCACGUGAUGACAAACAGAACAAUAUGAAAAGUUGGCUGGAGGUUUAUAAAAUGAAAUCUUCUGAUAGUCUUUUUAUUUGAAUUGGACCCCRAACCUUGUUAAUAGGAUUAAUUCAUGAGUUCCUUAGGUAACUCACUAUAUAUGAUGGACUUCCUGUGGUAUCCCAUACACCUAUGCGACCGCUGUGUUAUUUCAUGCCACAAAUAGGAAUGUUGGAUUCCCUGUGUCAUCAUAUAUAGAUAUAGGUUUUAAUUUAUUGAUACAAUUUCAAUUUAAUCUAUUUUACACAUMAUGAUAAUAUAAAUAUUAACUUAUUAACUCCAAAAUAAAGUAUAAAAUUAUAUCGAUGGAGAGCCGUUUUAUAAAGUUAAGCUUGUAAAAUUAUCUUGCCAUACCACGUUUGGUUAGAAAACGAGCUUAAAGUGAAGAUGAUAAUGUUUCAGCCUUUAUUGGCCUUUUCUUAAAGCAACAUUUACAUUCCUUGGAGCCUGCGAUCCGGACGGUCUACCCAAGAUUACCGCAGACCAUAAACAACGCAGUCACCAAAGAAUGCGUACUGAUUUGGUAUUCAUUGGAAAUGUUAUAAAGUUCAGCUGAACGAUUAUUUAUACGUGAAUUAACUGUAUUUUGGGAUAUUUCAAUAAAGCAAGGAGUAUUCUAUCUAAGUAA